AAUCCAUUAUCUUUAUAUUGUACUACCAACUAGAUAAGAUCCAUUUCAGCAACUAGUACUAUUUUAUUGCCUAAUUUAUUUAUUUAUUUAUCUUCAGUACAACCAACUUUCUAAAUGAAUCAACACAAAUGCGUGAUUUCUUUUCUAUUUUCAUUUAAAUUUAAUUUCAACAUAGUAUUAUUAUUAGAAAAAAAAAAUAAAACAUAUGAAAUGGAUUAACACGAAAAGCGUAUUCUCAAAAAGAAUACUAGUACUAGUAGUAGCUGACCAUUUUACCUAUAAUUGUGUUUGGGCCUAGCAGGACAACAAAGAAAAUAGCAUAAAGUAUAAUAAAAGCAAUAAUAAUAAUAAUGUCGCCGGUGCCGGAGGAAACAACGGCAAUAGAUUACGUAAUGGAAGCAGCAUCUGGUGCACACUUUUCCGGUCUCCGAUUUGAUGGGCUUCUCACUUCUACUUCAUCUUCACCACGCGCUUCUCCUACUCCUACACCCACGCACUUCUCCACUACUAAUCCACUUGAUUCUACUAUCCCUAAACAGCCUUUUGUUAUCGGGGUUUCUGGAGGUACAGCGUCAGGUAAAACUACAGUGUGUGAUAUGAUCAUCCAACAACUUCAUGAUCAUCGUGUUGUGCUGGUCAAUCAGGACUCAUUCUACCGUGGUUUGACACUUGAAGAAAUGAAACGUGUCCAUGAGUAUAAUUUUGAUCACCCAGAUGCUUUUGACACUGAGCAGCUCUUAGAGUGCGUUGAAAAGUUAAAGUCUGGGAUGUCGGUCCAAGUUCCAAUAUAUGACUUUAAAACCCAUCAAAGAUGUUCUGAUAGCUUCCGCCAGGUGAAUGCAUCUGAUGUUAUCAUCUUGGAGGGAAUUCUUGUUUUCCAUGAUGCACGUGUUCGCAAUCUGAUGAGUAUGAAGAUCUUUGUUGAUACAGAUGCUGAUGUGAGGCUUGCUCGUAGAAUAAGACGUGACACAGUGGAGAGGGGUAGAGACAUAAACUCAGUACUUGAACAGUAUGCAAAGUUUGUCAAGCCUGCUUUUGAUGAUUUUGUUCUUCCAUCAAAGAAGUUUGCUGAUGUCAUCAUACCUAGGGGAGGCGAUAAUCACGUUGCUAUUGAUUUGAUUGUCCAACAUAUUCGCACAAAACUUGGUCAGCAUGAUCUUUGCAAGAUAUAUCCAAAUGUCUAUGUUAUCCAGUCAACUUUUCAGAUUAGAGGCAUGCAUACAUUAAUUCGAGAUAAAGAUAUUUCAAAGCAUGACUUUGUUUUUUAUUCUGAUCGGCUAAUUCGUCUGGUUGUGGAGCAUGGUCUUGGCCAUUUGCCCUUCACUGAGAAGCAAAUAGUCACUCCAACAGGGUCAGUAUACACUGGUGUUGAUUUUUGCAAAAAGUUGUGUGGAGUAUCCAUUAUUCGAAGUGGUGAAAGUAUGGAAAAUGCACUACGUGCUUGCUGCAAGGGUAUUAAAAUUGGGAAAAUCCUGAUCCACCGUGAUGGUGACAAUGGGAAACAGCUUAUAUAUGAAAAACUUCCAAAAGACAUAUCGGAGCGGCAUGUCCUGCUUCUGGACCCGGUACUUGCUACAGGUAAUUCUGCUAACCAGGCGAUUGAACUGCUUAUACAGAAAGGAGUUCCAGAAUCCCACAUUAUUUUCCUAAACCUCAUCUCUGCACCUGAGGGAAUACAUUGUGUUUGCAAACGCUUCCCCUCUUUAAAAAUUGUCACGUCAGAGAUUGAUCAGUCCCUAAAUGAAGAGUAUCGUGUCAUACCGGGUUUGGGGGAGUUUGGUGAUCGGUACUUUGGCACUGAUGACUGAUACCACACAUUUUGCGGAGAGUCAAUAUUGAUGUGCCCCGGUAUUGCAACUUUAGCUCCCUCCAAAUGGGGAUCUGUUAUCAGUCUCUUGUUUUGGUUUAUGAACUGUUUCAGCACACGUAUAGAGAACACUCAUACUGGAAAUUCUUGAUGGAUGUCGGUCGAUGUAAAAUCUAAACGACCCGUUGCAAUAUUGAAGCACAUAUUGCUUAAUGUGAAACAUGCAUCUCUCUUCAA